UGAGAAACACACACGGUUUCGCCGCAGUGUAAACGAGCGCGAAUAAAACGGCUGAAUUUAGUGUUUGCGGACUCACGCCGCCUACUAAAGGCGUGUGAAAAGUGUGCCGGACGUUGCCUGCACUUCAUCGAGCAUCGAGUAUCGUUGCGAAGGCAGCAUUUAACCUCGAAAAAGUGGUUCCAAAAAACCCGUCGCCUCUGUCAUACAAUUCCGUGUGCCAGCAGCACUCGUGCGUGUGCGUAUGCGUGUGUGUGUGUGUGUUUUCCGUCCUGCGUCCGUGCUCCCGGUGUAUUCGACCGCCCGGCCCCUGUCCGACUGUUUCACUUACACAAACGCGCCUCGAAAGGGCGCCAUCGUCUCCCUCUCGCUCUCUCUCACACACUGUUUCAGCCGCACACAGUCCGUCGGUGUGUGUGUGUGUGUGUGUGUGUAUGGCUGACGGUUGGUAGUGUGUGAGUGUGUUUUGUGUACGUCGAGAGAUGUGUGUGCACAGUGUGUGUAGCACGAUGGAGAAGAACGUACGUGAGCCGCAUGCUCUUGGUCGUCGUGGUCGUCGAGCGCUUCAAUAGCGAAAAACGCGUGUGUUUUGUCGCGUAUUUUAGGGACGAAAAUUUCAACCAGAACGGGAAGCGACGAAUGUGCGGUGACAGUGCGUACCGACCGGGGUACAACAUCUCGUCGUUUGUGUGGCGUGAACCGGCCUUCAAACCCCACGGCAGAGGGGAGAGAAACGUUCCCGCAAAAAGGUUCCGGCUACGACGUGCGUAUGACAUUUGUCCGGACGACGACGUAAAAGUGUUCGAAGCGACGAAGCGUUUGUGGGAAGGGAAUAGUCCUUGGUGUUGUGCGCAAGGAGAAGGGAGUCAGAUCGCUGACGUCCGCAAGUGGUAAAAGCAGCAACAAAAAAAACGAAUUUUGGAAUUAAUCCUUCCCUGGACCAGAUCCGUGCUGGUGCGGGGAAUAACACGGCGCUUUAAACUGCUGAACGUGUGGUAGAGCAAGGGCAUUCGGUGGCGCUCGCGCGCGCGUGUGUGUAUGUGUGCGUGUUUGUUGGUAUUGGUGGAAGGGCGGUGAAAAAGUACCCAAAUUGCAGUCGAAACGCAGAACGGCGCGUUUCAGUGUGACAGGUGAAACUUUCCCUAGCGAGAGGCAACAUCUCACGGGCCCCCACUUCCCCACUCCGUCAUCCGUAGCGCCGUAGUGACCUGUUCCCGGUUGUGGUACAGGGGCAAACUCACACCCCCUCCUCGCCUCAUCCCCAUAGCCCCCAGCAGUGUCGACGGCAAUGCCCAUCCAAAUGGUUUGCGAUUCGACACCAUCGCUUGUGAGCGCAGCAAUACGGGAUGCGUUGCACUCGUCGGGCGGCACAACAAAUGGACGAACGGGCGGCGGUCUGAGCAACGGGGUCACAAUGAACGGAACCACCGGAUCGUCCAGCACACACACGGCGGCCACCAACAAGCAGCAGCAGCAGCAGCCGUUCCGGCGGACGGUGCCGGCCCUGCUUGACAGCGAGCUCGACCAGCAGCAUGGCGAGCUGGAGGACGACGGAGCGAACGAUUUGGUGGAAUCCAUCAGCCAGUCGCUGCGCCAGGGACAGCAGGUGAAGCCGAUCACGUACGAGGAAGGCCCCAGCUACAACACCAGCCUGGAUAAGCUCAAGUCCAAGUACAUCGUCCUGAAGGCGACAACACCGAACGACAGCAGCAGCGGUGGAGGUUCCCUUGGCAACUCCUCGUCCUCCUCCGGCUCUUCGUUCGGUGCUGGACUGUCGUCGAAAGCGUCCACUGGUGGAGCGCCAAACACACAUUUGACCAUGAACGGCGGCGGUUCGCUGAAGUUCUCUGCCUCCCAAUCGCCCAGCGCGGCCAAAUCGUCUGCCAAUGUGCUUCAGCAACAAAAUGGCGUCCCAGCCUCCGCUAGCAGCACUGCCGCCGGAAGGAUGGACACCAACACACUGCCAACGCCGAAACGGACACUCUUCCCGCGCGAGAACGUCCAGAUCGGAUGGAAAACGACCGGACGCAAGUGGCUGGUGGGAGCCGGUAUGAUGAACAUGGGCAACACCUGCUACCUUAACUCGACCCUGCAAGCCCUGUUCCACGUGCCGGCGAUUGCCAACUGGUUGCUGUCAGAUGAGCCGCACCGGGCCAAAUGUGAUGAUGGCGGUUCCGGCGGUAGCUGCAUUAUCUGUGCGAUGGCCAAAACGCUGCUCGAAUCCCAGUCCAACCAGACCGCGUUUCGGCCCUACCUGGUGUACUCGAAGCUGCGGCUCGUGUGCAAGCAUCUGGUGCCGGGCCGGCAGGAGGAUGCACACGAGUUUCUGCGCUAUCUGGUGGAGGCGAUGGAAAAGUCCUACAUCGGCCGAACGAAGAACAGCAAGGAGCUGGACCAGUACAGCAAGGAAACGACCCCGCUGAACCAGAUCCUCGGUGGGUACUUGCGGUCCGAGGUGAAGUGUCUGUCCUGCCAGCACGUGUCGACCACGUUCCAGCACUUCGAGGACCUGCUGCUCGACAUCCGGAAAGCGAACUCGAUCGACGAGGCGCUCGAGCUGUACUUUGCCCGCGAGCGGCUCGAGGAGAUGGGGUACAAGUGCGAGGCGUGCAAGCGGCGCGUCGCCGCCACCAAGCAGUUCUCGCUCGAGCGUGCCCCGUUCGUGCUGUGCGUGCAGCUGAAGCGCUUCUCGAUGCUCGGUGCCAAAAUCAACAAGCACGUGGAGCUGCGCUCCAAGCUGGACCUCACGCCGUACUCGUCGCCCGCCAUGCGCUCGAACGGCGGGAAGCUUACCUACCGGCUGACCUCAAUGGUGACGCAUCUGGGAAGCACGCAGCACUGCGGCCACUACACCGCCAUCGGGCACACGGAUGCGGGCGGGUACCACGUGUUCGACGACAGCUCCGUGCGCCCCAUCGGCAUUCACAACGUGAUGAGCACGAACGCGUACAUACUGUUCUACGAGCUGGAAAGUGUGGCGGCCGGUGCGGUCGGCCUACCGAACGGGACCUGCCGGCCGAAGGCCACCGUCUCGGUGGGGCAGCCGAGCAGUACCGCCACGCUCACGUCGAUGGGCCACCUGAGCAACGGGAGUACGCCGACCGGGUUCGGCAGUGGUUCCGCCGGUGGCGGGAGUACUAGUGGGGGUGGUGGAGGGAGUGGUGGCACGCCCGGAAAAGUCACUAAUUCAUCGCCACUCCGGGUGCUCGGUGCUGGCGGCGGCAAUGGAGCUGCUGGUGGCCUCUUCCCGAGCAAGCUGGAGCAGAAGCCGGGCUUUAUUGGGCCAGUGCUACCAACCGCGACGACGAACGGAAGCAGCAGCAGCAGCAACAGCAACAGCCACCACCCCUCAGCAACAGUCACCACCGGCGGCAGUAGUAGAUCAGCAGGCGGCGGCGGGAGCGCUGGUGCUAGCGGCAACAGUGCCACGGCUGCCGCCACCAGCGUAACCUCAUCGACCAGCGCUUCCGGCAGAGAGCAUGCCCACUUUUCCUCACCCUCGUCGACCGCAUCCACCCUGUCGAAUGCAUCGCCGCUCUGCUCGCCCCUGAAGCAUCACCAGCAGCAACAGGAGACGAUGUCGGGCGGCAGCAGCAAAAUACCCAAACUGCCCGACAUCAAUGCGCGCAGUGCGACGCCCCUGAACGGUGUGCAUCAUGGUGAAGCGAAGGGAAAGUCCCUCUCUACUCCACUGCUUGCCUCGAUGCCGAAGCUGCCGCUCAGUUCACCGAGCAAAUCGUUGGACAACGGCAACGGCUCGACCGGCUCGGCCGUGAUCAGUCUGGUGCCGUACGAUAGCGACGAUACCAGCAGCACCAGUGAGGACGACGAUGUGGACGAGAAGGCGCACAGUAGAGCUACGAUCGCCGGCAAAUCGCUCGUGCUGACGAAUGGUGGCGCCAGUGCAGCGGCCAAACGUGCCAAGCCGCACAGUAGCGCCCCAUCGUUGUUUGCGAACGGCAAACGCAGUGCUAAGGAUGAGCAAGACGAAGAUGACGGGGACGAUGACGACGAGGAGGAGGACCAGGAUGACGAGGAGCGGACCAGCACGUCUUCCUCCCGUUCGCCACAGAUGAUCAAAACCAAGGCAGGUCUUUGGAAGGUCUCCAAGAGCAGUACGGCCGAUCAGCUCAGCUACCCGGACAGCGGUUCCGCUUCGUCCUCCAAGUCUUCCUCCCCGACAACCUCAGGCGUUUCCUCCCCGACUAGCUCCCCGGGACAGAAGCAGCAAAAGGUGGUUCCGCAACGAAAUGGUGCUGCUUCUGCGAACGGUGGUGGUGGCGGUGACGCUACUACCCCAUUGAGCAAUGGGCAUCGGCACGCACACAAUGGGGCAGUGGGCAAGAAAAGCAGCUAUACUGCGACGACGAACGGACAUCAUUCGAAUGGAGCAGCGGGAAGCCGCUCAUCGUCGCCGGGCGGAGAAGGAAAUGGGUCCAGCAAUGGCAACGGUAAUGGGAAUGGUGGCGCUUCGGCUGUUCAGAUGCUGAUGAAGUACUCGCAUCGAGGAUACGGCGCCCCAGUGAAGAGCUGGAACGGUCAGCAGACGGCGAUGGACCGGGAGCUGGCCAAUGAUCGACGGGAGGAACGCAAGCGCCAGAUUGAAGACGAUCGCGAAACGGAAAUGGAUCGAGGACGCACGAAGAAGACCAAGGCAGGUACCGGCGGGCCCAAUAACAACAACAACAACAAUGGCAACAACGGCAACAACCCGUUCCAGCAGUACCAGAAUCACCAAACGGGUGGUGGUGGCGGCGGCAAUGGCAAAUGGAUGGGUAACGGUGGCAACCGCAACCACUUCAACAACCAUCACCAGAACAACUACCGCGGUGGUGGUGGUGGUGGUGGCGGUGGUGGCUACUACCAGAAUGGAAAUGGCCACCGGCAUCAUGGAGGUGGUGGUGGUGGAAAUAGUGGGUUUCGUACCGGUGGCAGACGGUUCGGUGGUCGCAAUGGUGGCGGAUUCCACUCAAAGGCUCAUCAUCACCAUCAGCGCAGUGAGUCGGGUAGCGGCAUGGCUGGCGGUGGUGGCGGUAGCAAUGGGUUUUAUCAUCGAUAAUAGAGCUCGGCCCUGGGGGAUGUAAGGGUCCGGGGAAAAGGGAUCUAGGAGAGAGAAAGAGUGAAUAAGAUCCAAUUACGUGUAUAUGGAAGUGCGAACGGAGUAGGCCGCGUUCCUCACUUAGCAUAGCAAUGGCAGGCGGAUGUUGCUGUGUGUCGAUCCAAAGGAUGUGUGAUGGAUGGGCAGCAUUCCUGAAGUCGUCAUUUUGGAUCGAAGUUGGCGACGAAAAGAGGACUAGAGAAAGCCAUUUCUAUUACCCGUUGUACCAGUGUGUGCAGGGCCGUGCCGGUGUUCCAAAGCACACAGAGAAGCAGAGCGGAGAAGGGCUUACCUUUACAAUGCCCUCUGCUAAACGGUUAGCAGAGAGUGCGGUUUUUGAGUAGAUCUUACUAUUGUACUUGAAAAAUCACGAUCUAAACACGUGCGUGUGUCACAAGAUUAAUAAUGUGCAUUUUGUUUGUAGUACUGUUUUAUUACCGGGUCAGGUUUCGAGUGUCGUUAGUGUACUCCCGUCGUGCUACUGCCUCCCAGGGCCAUCCCAUCCCAUCCCUUCCGUAUCUGACGUGUGAGCUCUUUCAAAAGCCUCGUUGGUUUUCCAAUAACCAUUUUUCUUGUUUGAAGUGCUUUUUUUUCGUGCGUUUCGUACAAAGCACUCCCACUAUCCCCUUCGUUGUUUGAAUAUGCAAUUUAGUGCGCCGGGAACGUUGUUAAUAAAGCAAGCAAACUGGAACGGAAAGUGUGGGACAGAAUUUAUGACACAGGGCUACCGAAAGCGCACCUGAGGCUGAGAAAAAGAAAAGCAAAACCGUGUAACAUGAAAUUGUAUAUAGAAAAAAAAUACUACUUAUUUGCGCUAGGCAAACCAUUGGACGAAAUGAUGGCGGAAGUGGAAAAAAACCGGCAAAAAAGAAGCAGAACAUUAUACAAGGGAAUUGAAGUGAAUGUGUGCUGUUUGUCGGAUGGAAGCAAAAAAGAUGGCGCGAAAUGCCGAGAUGACGAAUAACGUAAAUCGGAUAACAGAAAACAAAGAGAAAAAAAGGCAAAUAGAUAAAACCGGCACUAUCAAGCAGUGGAUUGGCAUAAAGGAAAUCCUCCAAUAUCCCCUAAGCGCGUACGCUACGUUGGUUUGAUGGCGCUAGUUUUAUAGUCUGUGUACAUAGAAGCAUACCUACUAGAUUUACACUCUAUCAAAUACAUAUAUUUGCAGCAAGGGCUAAGAUAAUGAAGAGAUGGAUAAAGUGGUGUAGUAGUAGUCCGUGCAAAGCGACAUUCGGUGGGUGACUUGUAAUAAGAAGAAUUCGAAGUAAAGACGCUGUAAAUUUGGUUGCUUAAGAAAUCCAUGGGACACAACAGUACUAUUGUUGCCCAAUAACGAAUUAGAAAAGCUGUAAAUUCAUUCAAUUACCUCCUUGUAAGAGAGCGAGGCAGAAAAGGGAGGGAGCGUGUAGUGAUGAAAAGCAUUCAUACAAAGAGAAAAAGAGAGAGAGAGAGAGGUAUAAGAAAUCAAGCGUUGAAGAGCAGCCGUAAUGCACCGUCGCACCUGAUAGAAGGGAUCUGCCAGAGGAGGAUGUGAGUCUUUUUACUAUCUUUAUAAUCUUCCGUCUCCGUAAGCUGCAGUUGAGCUUGAAAGGUGUGGUGUGUUCCGGACAUAAACGAUUUAGAUAUAUGUAUGGUAGAUACGCGAUUAACGAACAGACCAGAGAGUGACCUGCCGGGGGGAUGUGGUGUAGUCCCGAAGUUUUGGAGCAACAUACUACAAAAAAGAGAUAGGCUCGGGCACACCUAUGUGUAGAUACAAUUCGCAAUAAUGUGUGAGAGAUGUUUGAGUAAGGGAGUUUUUUUUCUCUUUUUUUACAAUAUACAUUAGGCAUACUCCUUUUUUAUGUUAUGUUUAGUGGCAUUUAGUUUAGACGCAGGAGAAAGCUUGUUGCGAUGCUUGUGUUGUUGUACGUUUUGUUUUUAGUGUUUCUUCGUAGUUAGAUGAGCGUUUCCAAUUAAUCGAAUUACACUUUUCUUCGCAGAGAAAGCAAAGAAACAAAGGAGAAGAAGAAAAACAAAACAAUGAAAUCCUUUAGUUUUUAGUGAAACAGCUACGAAAUGACUGUAGGAAGAGCAGCAGGAAGGUUCAAAGUUCCGCAGCAAAGCGAACCCGCAAAAUGUUUGUACUGUUUGUACUGCAAAAAUAGAAAUCGGGGGAGGGGGAAGAAGCUUAACAAACCCCUAUAAUAGUGUAAAGCCAGUUAGCAGCACACACAGAUCGUUGCUAUAGCAAUAGAGAGACAGCACCCUGUGUUGGAAGAAGGCUGUUGAAGUUGAAGUAAGCAUUGAACAGGAAUAUCAGGACACCACCAUCAGUUGGUAAUUAUGUGCGAGUUUUCAUAUUUGUUUCAUUUCAAAAGGGUGCAAAGGAUUUAAGUACCGAUUUACCUACCGAAUUCUAUCACCUCCUCCCGGAUACCCUAAACCACCUUACCUGGCGUUUGUUUGUUUUUUUGUUGGGCGCAAUUUAGAUUAUGGACAAAACUUAUACUAUGUAAAUACUAAACAGCAGUAACUAGGGGUUCAGAUACUCUAUCGCACUAUUAUAGAGCGUUACGCAAAAACAAAACAAACAAAAGAAAGUACGAUACGAUAAACCAUGGGUAGAAUAAAAGAAUAAAAACAAAAAUGAAACAAGUCUAUGAAAGGAAGAAAAAAAGCAAAAUAUCUAACCCACGAAAGGGGAAGAUAGUAACACAAUUUACAUACAAUAGUAGUAGUAGUAAGCUGCGGCGCCCCCCUUACGCGUCGCCAAGUAAGGCGACUGGUAGGGGCCGCCCCUGGUCCAUGCUACUCUCCCAUGUAAUUAAAGAAAAACACAGACACAGCUCUAGACAUUAAAUUCCGAUGAAACUAAGUUAAUAAAUCGUACAGCCUUAAACUAUAAA